AUGAUACAGUUCCUCUUCUUGUUUGGUCUGACCCUGGCUGCUGAACCUCCUGCAGACAAACAGGAACUGAAGUUGAUGCGUGGUGGCUGUCCAUUGUUCUGGUUUAGUUUCGGGGAUCGCUGCUACAAGUACUUUGGCUCAAGGGUGACGUGGGGUGAUGCAGAGCUCCUAUGUGUGUCAGAGGAAGGCAACCUGGUGUCCAUCCACAGUCAGGAGGAACACGACUUUGUCAAUUUGCUGAUCAAGAACUUUGAUCCUAUUCAGGGACCCACCUGGAUUGGACUCACUGAUUUUCAUCGAGAGGGAGGCUGGAUAUGGUCUGAUGGGUCCAAACACAGAUUCUCCAUUUGGAGUCAAGGAAACCCUAACAACUUUGAUGGAUAUGAACAUUGUGCACACACCAAUGAUGGCAGCCAAUAUUACUGGAAUGAUGUCCCUUGCUCAAGAACAUUUGCUUUUGUCUGUGCAUCUCGUACAGUUUGCCCUUAG